GUCAGUCUUAUCUUAGUGCCAGGCUUCGGUGAUCACGACCCAGCCUCGUGGGCUGUUAUCAAUCCACCGUGGACGAACUGUCCCGAGAAUCCCAAAACAUCUGCAAGAAUACUGGUUUUCACACACUUACUUCGGUUGGACGACAAUUUCUCAUGGCGGGGUCUGCUCGAUUGUGGAGAGAAGCUUCUCACGUGCAUGCAAGACCAUCGUUGUCGACCAAUAGUGUUUGUUGCACACAGCCUGGGUGGAUUGAUCGUGAAACAAGCGCUUGUAGUCGCGAACCAGCAACAUCAGAAACAUCGCCAUUUCCUUGAUAUGCUGAGUGGGAUUUUGUUUUUGGGAACACCGCACAAGUCCCAAGACCCUGCAGUAUUAUCCGAAAGAAGUAAGCAAAUCCUCAGAUCAUGCAUGCCAAACAUCCCGCGGAGACUUCUCAGCUCCUUGGAGGACACAUCCGGUCUCAGAUUGAACGCUACACUAUUUGAAGACGUCAAUCUCCGUGUGGAUAUCAUUUCUGUCUUCGAACUUGUGCCCACAAAACAUGGUAAACCCUCAUCGAUGUUCAAGAGGAGGAAAUCUUCAGUUCUACUCGGUGAAAGCCUCACUAGAACAAAUGCCAUGAACGAGAAAAGAAUAGGGCUUUCACUCGGACAUCAAGAACUAGUACGAUUGGUGGGUAAGAAUGAAGAUGCGUCUGAAGAGCUUCUGGAAUUGUUCCUACGAAUCUUGGAGAACGCUCAGGCUAAUGCUGAAGCGCGACUCACAUACAGGUCGCCCGAUUCGGGUCCCCCAGACGAGGCAGCGACGAAAGGUAAGACAACCUUGAAAGUUCUGCUCUCAAAUAUGAAGCUGACAGAACUCAGCUCUCAAUCAGCAGAAGCGGAGCAAGGCUCCUCUACAGUGGAUUGGGAGUUGUUACCGCUCGUAGGAGAUCUUGCCAUCCAGCGAAAAGAGGCCCGGCUGCCGUGCUUCUCUGUGGGAAGUCAUCUGCGCAACGACACUUUCCAUGAGCGUCAGGACGUUCUCGCCAAGAUCGACGAAGUGUGUUUACCCGAUGUGCUUCACACUUCUUCGUCGGACAACAAGGAGCUCAAAGUCUUUGCACUGUGCGGCAUAGGAGGUCUAGGCAAAACGGAGGCCGCCAUUGAAUACGCCUUUUCACGUCGUUCUCAGUUUGAUGCCAUAUUCUGGAUCCGAUCAGAUGAAAAAUCGAAGCUGGAGGAGGACCUCAGUCAGAUCGCGUUGGCGUUGGAUCUCGCCGAUAAGAAUGAGCCAAGUAAUCAUUUCGCUAACCGAAGUAUUGCUCGCGGAUGGCUUGCCAGUCCUCGCAAGCUUCUUGACGCCUCGAGCGACAGUGUCUCUCAAGCGGAAGCUACUUGGCUACUGAUCUUGGAUAAUGCAGACGAUCCAACAGUCUUGGAUGAGUUGAAACCAUUGUUUGGAAGUGGGUCAGUUCUGAUCACAAGCCGUAAUCCGUUAUCCAAGAGCGCUCUCGCCACGAACUUGAUAAGCCCAGUCGGUUAUGAUCUUCAACCAUUCACUACAGAAGAAGCCACUAGCUUCAUUCUCAAGCUAGCGCCUGGCGACUUGCAAGGUGCACAGCAGAUUGCAGAACGUCUUGGAGGCAUUCCACUUGGUCUUGUUCAUAUGGCGGGCAUCAUCAGAAGCCAUAUUGUAGGGUACAAAGACUUCCUGGUCUGGUAUAGCGACGAGUUGGAGCUUCCAGAGUUACAUGGAAUGGCUGUUGACCUUCCUCGAUCAACCGCCCGCGGAGAUCUCGCAACGAUAUGGGCGGUGGAGAAGCUACCGCAAGAUGCUCGAACAAUCCUCGAGUAUCUGGCAUUCUUGGAUCCAGAUUGCAUCCAGGAAAGGAUCUUCAUCAAUUUUAGUGGCUCUUUGGCGCUUAUGCAGGACCUGCCGCAGAAGAAGGGCGAAUGGCUCAAAGCAAGAGGCGGGCUCUUGCGUGCAUCGUUGGUGCACCACAAUGAGCAGGAAGGCGACCUUCGGAUACAUCGAUUACUCCAGGAUGUCGUGCGAGCCAAAAUUCCCGACGAAAGACAGAGUCAGAUACUCAGCAACCUCAUUGUGUUAUUGAACGCGGCAUUUCCCAAAGUGCCUCUCGACAAACGAGCAACCACAAAACGGUGGCCAGAGUGCAUCGCCAUCCAUCCACAUAUCAUUUCUAUCAUGCACUAUGUCCAGCAUACAGUCAAGCGAGGUCUCAUCCAAGUAAACCUCGAGAUGGCACAGUUGCUUUCGGAGGUAGGCUGGUUUAAUACUGAGCGCAGCGAAGCAGAAUUAGCGAAGCCGAUCCUGCUCUUCGCGCUCGAGCUAUGUGGAAUGCUUCAAGGAGACGACGUCACAGGCCUGACCUUGGACAUACACUACGCCCUCAACUCGGCCGGCAACGAGACGAAUGACCUUUUGCUUUGCGUCAAACAUGCAAAGGCAGGCCUCGAACUCGCAAUCACGACGUACGAAAGUACGAACAUACCCUCCAUCCGACUGGGAAUCGCCUACAACCAGAGGGGUGUCAGCCUCAUUGCCACACAGGAUUACGAUGGAGCAAUAAAGAUGCUUGAGCACGCCCUGAGUGCUUAUGAGAAUCUACCUGACUUCAAUUUGGGGAUGACGACCCUGCCACUUGCCAAUUUAGCCUGCGCAUUCUGGCUGAAGAGUGACUUUGAGGGUGCGAUCCGGGCCUUGCUGCGAGGGUUGGAAGGGAGAGUGAAGUUGACCGGCAUGAUUGACGACACAGAAUCGUUCCGCUGCGGAAGGCUUUUGCAUGGUAUGGGCAAUGUGAAGUGGUCGCAGAGCGAAGCUGUAGCCGGCGAAGACCCGGUACUCGCCCGGCAACUCAUGGAAGAAAGCGAGACGUAUCACCGACGCACCUUGGAGCAAUACCUCAAGACGAUCGGCAAGACUCAUCACCGCUACGCAGAUGUAUCGCAUCGUGUAGCAAAACAUUGCUUGCGUCACGGCGAUACUAAGAACGCAACACUCUUUGUGGAUAAUGCAUUGGCAGUGUGGCAGAUAGCUCCACGCUCCUACGAAGCGGAAAUAGCUCGGACGACCUUCCUAAAGGCGAAAGUCCUCUACCAGCAUGGGGAUCAGCAUCAAGCGAAAAAGCUCUUCAGACAGGCUGUUCACUCGAGAUCGACAAUAUGCGGCGGGUCAUCCGUAGAUAAUGGUAGCUUGACUGAAGAGGAUUUCGACGGACUAGUCACAUUUUGGUCUCGGUAA